AUGCCUUCUCGCGCUUUCUCUCUCUCUUGCUCUUAUCUCUUCGCAACGCACUCCACCAUGCUACCGACAAUCCGUUGCCACACUGUCACUAUUACUGUCUUCCUCGCCGCCGUCGUGGUUUUCCCUGCGUCUCACGGCACCGGAGAGCUUCCGGUGUUCAGGGAGGCACCAGCAUUCCGCAAUGGAAGGGAGUGUCUCAGAACGGCAUGGUCUGCUCUCGACGAUCGAGCUCACAUUAAUCCGUCCGUGAAACACAUUGCGAUGACUCUAGAUGCCACUUAUCUCCGUGGUUCCAUCGCCGGCGUAUUCUCCGUUCUCCAGCACUCAUCUUGCCCCGAGAAUGUGGUAUUCCACUUCAUCGCCACGACGCGCCGUCGUUCGGAGCUUCGCCGGGUCAUCACUUCGACGUUCCCGUACCUCAAGUUCCAUCUGUACCACUUCGAUUCAAACCUUGUCAAGGGGAAGAUCUCCUACUCCAUUCGCCGAGCUCUCGAUCAGCCUCUCAAUUACGCGAGGAUGUAUCUCGCUGAUCUACUACCGGCCGGAGUUCGCCGGAUAAUCUACUUCGAUUCGGAUCUGAUCGUGGUGGAUGACGUGGCAAAGCUCUGGAACAUCGAUUUGGGGACGCGUGUACUUGGCGCGCCUGAGUAUUGUCACGCUAACCUCACCAAUUACUUCACUCCCAAGUUCUGGUCCAAUCCGAGCUAUGCGGCGUCGUUUCGAGGACGGAAGCCAUGCUAUUUCAACACCGGCGUCAUGGUGAUCGAUCUGUGGAAAUGGAGGGAAGGAAAGUACACGGAGAAGCUGGAGAACUGGAUGAAGAUUCAGAAGCGGUACAGGAUCUACGAGCUGGGUUCUCUGCCACCGUUCUUACUGGUGUUUGCCGGCGAAGUCGAGAGGGUGGAGCACCGGUGGAACCAACACGGGCUGGGUGGGGACAAUCUGGAAGGUUUGUGCAGAGAUCUUCAUCCCGGACCGGUGAGCCUGCUCCACUGGAGCGGGAAGGGGAAGCCAUGGCUGAGGCUUGACUCGAAGAGGCCGUGCCCGUUGGAUAGCUUGUGGGCUCCCUACGAUCUGUUCCGUCACCCUCGGUUGUUCUCUGACAGCUAGCCGAUGACAACGACGUUCACCACGCGCCACCGCUGCCACCGACGAGUCACUUAACCUUUUGUAUGUUGUUCACUUGCGAGUUUGAUCAGUGGACAGGACACUGUGGACUGUGAGGGGAGCGAAGCUGUGAGCUGCGAGGCGCGGAGAGUGAAAAGACGAGAGAGGACACGUAGGUGCGAAGAAACUGAAAAGAAGGUUGCGGAGACAAAACGGUGACGUAAGAUGGUAUGUACAGUGUACCAAUAGACGCAAAUAUGUGCCGCUAUAUUCUUGUGAUCUUGUCUGCUUCCAGGAGCUCUGGGAAUGACCGAAAAAUAAUUAUACAAUAUAAUUGUUUAAUUUAUUCUUGAUCAUUUUGAAAAUUAAGUGAUUAUAUUGUAUGACUAUUUCAUUUUGAACAUUUAGUGAUUAUAUUGUAUGAUUGUUUUAUCUUA